CACUCUUGAGUUAUCAACAAUAUCAUUCAUUACUCAUUAGUAGCAUUUGCUUGUGAAGUUCCAAAAUAUCCUUAAAGAAAAAACAUAAGAAAAUGAAACUCAGCUGCAUUUCUUUUUUGUCCAAGCUUUUGAUACUUCAAUAUCUGUUACUUCGAUGCCUUUCUGAUCAAGAUUUUGCUUUCUUCUAUUUUAUUCAGCAGUGGCCAGGAUCAUACUGUGACACAAAGCAUAGCUGCUGUUAUCCGAAAACCGGAAAACCUAUUGCAGAUUUCACCAUUUAUGGACUUAGACCUAACUACAAUGAUCCAUCGUUUCCCUCAAACUGUGAUCCUCAUAGUGUCCUUGAUAAAUCUAAGAUCUCGGAUCUAGUUAAGAACUUGGAAAAGGAUUGGCCAUCUCUGAGCUGUCCAAGUAGCAACGUUAUUAGAUUAUGGUCACAUGAAUGGAUUCAACAUGGUACUUGUUCAGAAUCUAAGCUUAUUCAACAUAACUACUUUGAAACAGCUCUCAAACUCAAGAAAAAACUUAACCUCCUUCAGAUCCUCAAGAAUGCAGGAAUUGAACCAAAUGAUAAGUUUUACAAUCAAUACAGCUUUUUAGAUGCUAUACAAGAAGCUACAGGGUUUCUACCAGGAAUAGAAUGUAAUAGAGAUUCAUCACAUAACAGUCAGCUUUUGAAAGUUUACAUGUGUGUGGAUACUUCUGGCUCAAAGUUCAUUGAGUGCCCUGGUGUUCCAAUGGGUAGCUGUGGUGCUAAAGUACAAUUCCCCAAGUUUUAAGAUAAUUUCUUUUGUUAAGCAAAACAUGGUUUAAUUAAUUUAGAUUUUCUGGUCACCAUAUUGUACUUCUAAGUCUAAACUAUUAGAUCAUUUCCAUUCUCAUCU